AUGGUCUGUGGCACAACAAGCGAUACAGGGGGCAAAUGCAAAGCUGCAUGUGUGGCAAAAGCUGUUCAGCCUAAAUGCACCUCGUGUACAUCACCUAAAGUAUGCAAAUGGACAUGCAACAUUUCUGCAACGGCUAUACCCGAUGCCGAUCUUUACGUUUGCACUGCUGAGAAUACUGCGUGUGGAUCAACAAGCCAAACGGGACAAUGCAAGUCUACGUGUGCAACAGCCACAGGAAAAAACGGAUCCAUCAAAUGCGGCUUAUCUCCCCUGAUUAUGAUUUGUGGAGCCCUUGCAAUGCUAUUUCUUCGUCCAUGAUUAGGGGCCUUUCAAGAGCCUGUUUGUCAUCCUGAUACCUAUCAAACACAAUGACGGAUGCCGUUUUGCGACAAAUUAUGGAUGUACCGUGUUGUUCUUCAUAACUUCAGAAACUUGUUUAAUGAAGUAGUUCUUUUCGACACCUUUGAAAUUCAGCUUUUUAUAAGAAUACGUUAACCAAUGAAGCUAAGAAACUCUUUACAAUAUCAGGUAUUUUGAUGAGCUGCGAUUUUUAAGCGUCACGAUAUAGUUUGACGCUUUUCAGUCAUUUUCAUUUGUAAUUAUUAGGAAGCAACAUAUAAUAUCACUGUCAUUAAUAUGUUUUUACGUAAUUAAAUAAAACAAAACUUGUUUGA